CUGCACUGCUCGUCCCCCACCUACCCCCCCCCCCUACUCCCCCUGGAUCUCUCUCUCCACCUCGCGGUUCCUGGUACCUCUGGUGCUAUAAACUCAACUUGAAUCUCACAUUCGCUCAUGUUGGCUAGUCUCUCACCUGUAACUUGCCAUGGUGUGAUGCAGCUGGUUGAUCGGUUGGGUUGUGUGUGCAUUCAUACCAUUAGGGGUUUUAUAAGAUCAGUGCAGUGCGUAUUAAGGGUUUGGUUUGAUCGUGGUUGGUAGUGGUCGUCUUUUCGCUCAGGUGGGAGGUUUGCAGGAGGUGUAGGAAAGGGGAGCUGGUGGUGAGAGUGAAGUUGAGGAUUAGCAGGAGGCAGAGGAGGAGGACGAGAAUGAGAUGAGCAGGAUGGGUAAUGAAUGCGCCCGGAGAAGGGACGAGGGAGAUGUGGGGUGAGAGAGAGAGAGAGAGAGAGGAGGGUGAUAGAGGAGGUGGUGCGUGGAUGAGGUGGUGAUGAAGUGCGAGGUGAGAGGGUGGUGCCGGGUAUGUGUUCAUGGCCGGGUUGGAAGAUGUUGGACAACGGCCCUCGAGCAACCCAGCUUCUGACGACGAGCAGAGUGGGAGCAGUGGGGGAGGGAGGAAACGAGGAAAGCAACCAGCUUUGAGUAAUCAGCUUGCAGUUCUGGAAUCGGCUCGGAAACCCCGAGGACGACCGCCGGGUUCGAAAAACAAGCCCAAGCCUCCCAUUAUUAUCACGCGAGAGAAUGGGCAGGCGAUGCGGCCUCACAUCCUGGAGAUUGCGGGCGGGUGCGACGUGGGUGACUCCGUGGCGUCGUUCUCCCGGCGACGCCAGCGAGGGGUUCAUGUGCUGGGCGCCAGUGGAAUCGUCUCGAAUGUUACGCUGCGCCAGCCCACGACGCCUGGUGCAACUGUCACGUUUCAUGGGCGAUUUGAGAUAAUCUCCCUCUCCGGCGCAUUUCUACCUCAUCUAACUUCACAGCCCACCACGGGGCUCACUGUGACUCUCGCUGGGGCUGCGGGACAAGUUCUUGGGGGGAGUGUAGUUGGCACACUCAUGGCAGCGGGACCUGUGCUCGUGAUUGCGGCGUCGUUCCUAGGCCCGACUUACGAACGGCUACCGCUAGACCCUGACGAUGAAGGUCCAAGUGGAGGGUUAAUAAUCGGAGGUGGAAGCUCCAACCAGCCCCCUCCGUUAGCUAUCCAGGCCCCAGGGCUGAAUUAUCCCGGGGGUUUGCAGUCGCUCUACAACAUUGUCACGGCACAGAACCCCAACCUGAGCAACCAGCAUCAACAAUUGUCCACACAGGACGUGUUGAGCCAGUGGGCACCUUCGGGGGGCGGAGGUGGAAGUGGCCAGCAGCAUGGUCAUAGUCAUCAUCAGCGCGGUCAGUACUCAUGAAGCUAGCUGCCAAAGUCACCAGACUUCUUUGCUAUUGCGGCAAGGGCGGACUGGGUCCCAUUAUACACUGGAAGUGACUCUCCACGCCCAAGUGCUGGCGGUGUUUCGUCGGAUAAGAGGCAGUUCUCUAACUCUUUUGUUGAGUUAAUAGCCAAUACUUAUGCACUCGGACGAUAACAAUUUGGUAGGCGAUUAAAUCAUCCGCUGCUCAGAGGCAUCACAGGAUUCUUUACCAUUACUAGUGCAAUAGAUCAACGAUGUGUUCCAUCGGAAUGAUUUGAGAUGCCACAAUUGACCUCCCGGAAACUAAGCCGUGACAGCUAGUUCCGUCGCUUACUCUGAUUCUCUUCAAUGCGUGCUAUUGUACUGGUGGUGAAGAGGUGCAUGAAGAGACUGCUCCUUUGGCUUGCGUGUAGGUCUAAUUUUUUGCUAGUCUGUGCAGGCACGGCUGUUAUCUUAGUCUUUUCAUUCAGAAAAAAAAAACACCAAACUUUAGCCGCACCCCUUUGUUGUUAAUUCAUACUGUGAGCAUUUUGAUAAAUUCUCUACCAUUUAUUCUUUCUAUCAGUUUUUCCGGGAUCAGCCUUGUCUGCUUCUCAAUUGUAGUGGACAGCGUGUCUUAGUGCAAUAUUUUCAGAACUUAAAUGUGACCAGGGGAGAGUUAAUUUGUUUCAGUGUUUCUUCUCUUUGUGGUCGUAGUUUUCAUCGGUCUUUGGCUCUCUGCCGUAGAUUUUGAGACGUAGAUAGCCGAACUACAUGUGCAGAUAACCGUUGGAAGUAUUUUAAGGUCCUGCUCCCAUUCAUUUCAAGGUUAACUCAGAAGUGUUGUAGGAUUGCCUGCCCGAGGCGUUAGUUCUUUCUAAGAGUGAGAGGUGUCGAAAAUUUUCCUAGAGCACUUCUUGUUUUCAUGGGAUCUGGGACCAGCUAGUUCGCCACUGUAUUCAUGUAAAUGGCAGGCAACUUAAUAUGAAAAGACGAUUUAAUGGA